AUGGUGAAUGAAGAUGACAGUCUUCGGGUAGUUAGUUCUUCUGAUACUACGGAUCAGUUACAGCUGGUACCUGGUCUUUCUAUGGGACAGAGCACUGUCCGCACUGGUGAGGAUGAGGAUGAACGAAUAGUUACAGGGCGCAGGCGCCACGAAUUGCAAGAGUCCGAAACUGAUAUCGAAGAAGAAGAAGAAGAACUACGAAGGAAGUCGAGACGAAUAAGUCGGACGUCCAUCGUAAGUAUUGAUGAUGCAGACAUACUUUCAGAAACACAACAUGUCACUGAAAUAGGCGACACUACAGAGCAGAGCAAUCUCGCCACCGCACCGCCCCAAGAGGUAUCUGAUAAUGAAGAGCCUGCAAUCAUUUCUACUGCAGAUUAUGGAGUGGCGUACCAAAAUGUGCAAGACCAAUCAGCAGAAGCACAAGACCAAGAAGAAGAAGAAGAAGAAGAAGAACUGCACGAGGCCGUUGGAGAAGGCGAUGACGAUGACAUCAAAGUACUCACGGAAGAGGAACAGAUUAAAGCACAGCAGGUUAUUGAGAUAGAUGAUGAAGACGAGACUGAAGGCCACAAGUCUGGUAAGGAUAUGUCAGAGACACCCUUAGAGACGAAAAAAGCGGCUGAUUACGUCUGUCCCAUUUGCAUGGAACCUCCAGAAGCGGCUUUAGUAACCAAGUGCGGACAUGUUUUUUGCACUACAUGUCUGUACGGUAUGGUGAAUAGUUCCAAAGGUAACGGUAGACGGAACGGUUUAUGUGCCUUGUGCAGAGAAAACGUCAAACUCCAAGAUCUUAGAUUAAUCGUCAUGAGGAAAAACCGGAUCCGAAAACCAAACUAA